GACGAACGUCUGUGCUCGCCUCUCUCUCUCUUUCUUCAGCAUCAAUGACAGCCCAUCGUGGGAUCGAGCUCGACUCGAGCUCCAUCACAGCGUUUAGCUUGGUGCAUGCAGAAUAGCUCAAGCUCGACCAUCGUCUACCCUACCCCUUUUCGCUUCCACGAAUCUGAUUCGCCGCCACCAUCGUCGCCUCGUCGCCGCUUGCCGCUUGCCGCCGCCCAUCGUCGCCUUGUCGCCGCCCGUCUCUAGUGGCCGAGGUUGUCCGACAACUCAAUCGGUGUCGCUCGUCCUGCACGGUGGCGCUCGUCUUGCAGUUUUUGCAAAUAAAUCUCUCCGGUCAGCGGUCAACACCAGCGGUAGGGUUCGGGUCGGCGAGGAUGCAGGAGGGUCGGUCGUGCUAGUCUGCACCAGAUUGAGACGAUCGCCAACCCAAGGGGGUCUGCGACGCCGACUGCAGGGUCGCUCGUGCUGGUCUGGCCCGGGCUCCAAAAGGGGCAGGUGAGGAUCGAGCAUUACGCAUCGAAGAGGACGAAAUUCAUCACGGCGCACGAUUCACGGAUUGCAUGCUUUGCGCUCUCUUAAGACGGCAAGUUCCUGGCUACAGCGAGCACGAAAGGGACUCUCAUUAGGGUCUUUAAUGCGGUUGAUGGUACUCUGUUGCAGGAGUUCACUCUACCGCUGGUGGUGACCGCUUUGUGAGUUACUUGCCCAAAGACAAGACUGUGGCGAGCGGGCUCAGCACCAGGGAGGGAGAGCCGGAUCCAGUGGAGUCGCAGCGGGUGGUAUCUUCCGAAUAGUGAGUUGUUGCGGUUCCUCAAGCUUAAGCCCAGAAAGUUCUAAAAGAAGGAAACUUCUCGGAAACUUCUUGCAUGACUCAAGGCAUUGACUAUAUUUACUCAAGGGAUAUUCGGAGAUUUUUCCCCCUCCAUGACGCCAGAGAUUGAGAGCUCAUCGUAUUGACAGCCCUCGCUCGGAUCCAAGCACACCCAAAGCAAACUUUCCUGAGAUAUUUGGUGUUUAGAGAUCAUACAAUGGAGAGAGGGAUGAGUUCACAGGCAUCAUCCGGAUCUUUGUACGAGGUUUUUCUAAAUUUUCGAGGAGUAGACACCCGUCAUGGAUUUACUGAUUUUCUUUACCAUGGGAUGGUUGGUGCUGGAAUCCUUGUCUUUAGGGAUAGUGAAUCCCUCCAUGUCGGUGAAGAAAUUGGUGUUGAACUUCUACAAGCAAUCGAGAACUCCAAGAUUUACAUUCCCAUAUUCUCCGCAAAUUAUGUUUCAAGUUGCUGGUGCCUCCGAGAGCUUGCAUACAUGGUCAAGUGCACCUUGAAAUCGAAUGGGAACAAGGAGAUUCUGCCUAUUUUCUUGGAUGUGGAACCUGUUGAUGUGAAGCUGAAAACAAACUUUUCAAAUCUCCAACAGAUGUUGUGCAGUGAAGCAGAGUCAUGGCAAAAGGCUCUCAUUGCAGUGGGCAAGAUAAAAGGAUGGAACUUGAAGAAAGAUGAAAGGUAAAUGUCUUAAACUUUUCAUUUGUUAUGUAGAUUUCCUUUUCCUCCUUAUUAAGUUUGAUUGCGGUAUUGUUGGUGAAAAAUAUAGUUUAUUCAUCUCAUCGAGAAUGGAAUUCUCAUGGGUAGUAGCCAAUAGCGGUUGGCACCGAUGCGGUGGUGGCACACCCUACUCAUUCUUAUUCUCUUUCUCUUCUCACUUUUGAUCUUUGACAUAGUAGCCACGAACAGUAACAUCUUGAGCAGCUUCACCAAGUCGCCGGCCAGCCACCGCUACAACUCAUCCAUUAAUCAUCACCAUUUCUUUGUCACCAGCCUGACACCAGGUAGCCAGAACCUGCCUUGACCAUCCAAACUCCCACCCUUUCUAUCCUUCACUCACUGGCAAGUUAGAUCCAAGUUGGGUCUGACGUCACCUUGCCUAUAUCCGGCAUUGCCAGCUUUGGGGACCCCAAAUUUGGUGUCUCCUAAAGCUGGCGACACCAUCCUGGCGAUCGCAAGGCCAUGACCCAUGUGACAUGGAGGAUUGAGAUAAGGCUAAGAUGACGGGUUGAUAGGGUGUGAUGGUCAAGGACUCUGGAAUGCAAUGGUGACGGUGCAAGGAGGCAAGUGAUGUCAAUAGUGGCAUGAUGGUGGUAAAGGCCGACGGUGAUGGUGACUGAAGUUGGGGAGUGGAGAGAGAUUGAAAAAAUCAGAAAUUUUUAGCAUCUAGAUUUUUUUUCUCUCUCUAAUUUCCUCAACAUGUGAGGGCAAUUGAGUCACUUGAAGAGUAGCUUUCACAACAUAAAAGUUGUCCUUAACACGGUUGUUACAUCAUGGCAGCCAAGUAGAUUUGAUCCAAUCGGUAAUUGAAGCUGUUUUGGUUAAGCUGAAUGUCAGAUAUAAAAAUGUGACUGAGCACCUAGUUGGAGUUGAUGAUCGUGUAGAAGCUAUAAUUAAGAUGUUGGAUGUGGAAUUUGAUGGUGUGAAAUUUCUCAUGAUCCAUGGAAUGGGAGGUGUUGGCAAAACAACACUAACCAAAGUUGUCUUCAACCGAUUGUCUUCUCGGUUCCAAGGCUGCAAUUUCCUUUCGGAUGUUCGAGAGUCAUCAGAACGACAUGGCUUGGUACAUUUGCAAAAACAAUUGUUAUCCAAGUUCCUUGAUCGUUGUUAUGUUGACCAAAUUAGUGAAGUGGAUCAUGGGAUCGACAUGAUUAAGAGGGUACUUAAUAAUAAAAAAGUUCUCAUUGUUCUUGACGACGUGGAUGAAAACAAGCAGCUGAAAAAUUUGGCAGAAAAAGGAAAUUGGUUCGGUUCUGGUAGUCGGAUUAUCAUUACUACUAGAUACAAAAGUGUCCUAAUGAUUGACGGAGAAGCAACAAGUGAAGGUCCUAUAAAGUGUGCAAAUGUUUUGACUUAUGAAGUACAGAAAUGGAAUUUUGCCAUGCUCUUGAGCUUUUCAGUAGGCAUGCCUUCAGGAGAGACUCUCCACCCGAUGAUUAUGUCUACCUUUCAAAAAAGUUGUCUCCACUUUGGGAAAGCUUCCUUUAGCUCUUGAAGUCACUGGUUCAUCCAUUUCUGGUAGAUCCAAAGAAUUUUGGGUAGACACUUUGAAGAAGCUAGAAAAAGCUCCUUCCAUAGAAGUCCAAAAAACAUUGAUGAUAACUUAUGAAAGGUUAGAUGAUGCACAAAGGCAAGUAUUUCUGGAUAUAAGUUGUUUUUUUGUUAAUGAGGAUAAAACCUACCCUUGCUACAUGUGGGAGGACUGUGAAUACCACCCAUACAAUGCCAUUGAAAUCCUCUGUCUCAUGUCCUUGAUAAAAAUCAAAGAUGACAAUACAUUUUGGAUGCAUGAUCAAGUGCGGGACCUCGGAAGGGCAAUCAUUCGUGAAGAGAAUUUCAAAGAACCUCACAAGCGUAGCCGAGUGUGGAAUCAUCAGGAAGCCUUGAGCAUUUUGGAGCAUAAAAAGGGAAGCAAGAAGAUAGAAGCAUUGUCACUAGGAUCUCGUGGAGUCAUCAUAAUGCCUAGUGAAGUUGCUAAUUUACGACACUUGAGGUUCUUGGAUGGGAAUGAGAUGUUCCUUGUUGGAGACUUCAAUAAUCUUCUCUCCAAUUUAAGAUGGCUUUCUUGGCGAUGGUGCCCUUUUGAGUUUGUGGCAACAAACUUUCAUCUAGUCAAUUUAAUUGUUCUUGACCUUUCACACAGCUAUGUAUCAGAGAAAUGGAUUGGCUGGAACCAAAUCAGAGUGGCAAGUAAACUAAAAGUACUAGAUCUCAGCAAUUGCAAUGACUUAAUGAGAACGCCUGAUUUAUCUAUGUUGGUGUCCUUGGAGAGAUUGAUUCUUGAAGGUUGUCGCAAUUUAAUUGAAAUUGACCCUUCCAUUGGAAAAUUAAAGCUCCUCACUGCUUUAAACUUGAAUGGAUGUCACGCUCUUGAAGGGUUGCCUUAUGAAAUAGGAUGUCUAGAUGCUUUGACGGAGAUUCUCAUGCCUCGUUCAUCGUAUGCAUUCAAACUUCCAGAGACAAUUGGUAAUUUGAAGUCAUUGUUGACCCUUGAUGUAUCACAUAGCUGGAUCCGCUUGCUGCCAAACUCAAUUGGAGGGCUGGUGAAACUUAGGCGGUUGAAUUUAUUUAAGUGUUUAAAGAUAAAGAAGCUUCCUGACUCGGUUGGAGAAUUACGAUCAUUAGUCGAGUUGGAUUUGUCAUCAACAAGUUUGGGACACCUACCUGAUUCAAUCGGCAAUCUAAAGCAAUUGACAGUACUUAGGAUGAGCCACAUAAUUGGGAUAACAAAAUUACCAAGAGCGAUUGGGCUGAUGGAGAAGCUUGAAGAAUUAGAAGCUAGUGGAUGUCAUGGCUUGACCGGCGAAAUCCCUGAAGAAAUUGGGAGGUUGUCUUGUUUAAGGAUCUUAGACUUGUCGUUCACACGUAUUUCCAAGUUACCCAUCAAUGUUUGUUGCCUCUCUAAUCUCCAAACACUUAAUCUAGAAUCAUGUUCUAAGCUUAAUCAGUUGCCGAAGCUUCCCCAAAGUUUGAGUUGUCUAAGGUGGGCCUUUGAUACUCUCAAGUUCUGCAAAAACAGGACAUAUAUGCCGGAGCGGGACUCUGCUUGUCACUCUAGCAUCGUACCCUUAUAUGAGGUGGAAGAACGAGCAUCCGGCAAAACCAAGCGAUUCUUGCCCUGGUUCCUGUCUUCUAGUUUAAGAGAGUUCGAAGUUGGAAAUCUGUCAAUUAUAUCAUGGAUGAAUUAUUCCCAUUUGAGCAACUUGUCAACCUUGCGAUUACAAAGUUGUUCAAUAUCAGAUUACUUUGAUGUUUUACCUGUUGAGCGCCCCAUUUUGUCGGAGCAAGUAAAGAUAAUGCAAUUAGAAAAAGAGCAAAGGGAAUCGGUUGUGUCGGAAAUGGAAAGAUGGAGCGGUUUAAAUAUAGGAUCAUUUCUGUUGCAAAUAAAAAGAUUGAGACAUUUAGAGAUGCGUACGUGCAAGUUCUUCUCAAGAGAACUUCGUCUAUCGCACAUGAAGAUUCUGGAAGAGGUAAAUCUGUUCGGAUGCUCCUUGUUUGUCGAGAUCUGCGGCCUUGAAGAACUGGGAUCCCUUUGCUUCCUAUCGAUUGUGGAUUGCAGUUCCAUGGAAAGGAUGUCAAACCUAUCGAAAUUGAGAAAGCUAAGGAAGCUAAGAGUAGGAGAAUGUCCAAAGUUAAAAAGCGUGGAAGGUCUAAAUCACUUGGAAUCUUUACAGAAGUUGUGGAUUCACGAUUGCUGCUUGUUGGAGAGUUUGGCUGACACCUCAAAUUUGUGUUUAGAAUGUUCCACAAUUGAACAUUGUGAGCGGUUGCCCAACCAUAACAGUUACUGUAGAUGUCAUGACAAUAGAGAUUCAGAUACUGAACCUGACCACGCGAAGUAUUUUUGAGCCGGUUACACUGAGCCCAACCUGAUGAAAGUCCGAAUUCGGUUGGUCUCAAGAAGGUUUUCCAAUGACAAUAUUGGUAACAAGUACGACCCAUUAAGAUUGAAAGCCAAUUUGAAGAUGAAAUGUAGACAAAAGUACGUUGAGAAGAUUGGCCCAAUGACCGCGACCAAGAAUGACCAGAAUUCAGUGACUUUCACCCCCAUUCUCUUUUUGUUAUCGUAAGUAGAUAUGCAUUUUACGUGUUGUAACCAUAUUCUCGUCAUUGGGUGGAUACGAUUUUGUUAUAACCAUGGAGUUUCCGUCCAGCAUGUUCUCGCGUAGCAUCUGCAUUUCCUAAAACUUUCCAUUUCCUGGUAAUCAGUCUCGGCUUUGUUUUCUUCUUAAUUUGGAUAUGAAGCAGAGGCCCAGGGCUCUAGCUCCAGCCUGUGUGAAAAUCGGCUGCCAUUGAGGCUCUAUUAAUUAUCUGAACUUGCUGUGCUGCCUUUGUGGUGGUAAUCAGGAUGUGAAUCGUUGCUUUACUUUUGCAUCUAACCUCCUCUGCUGAAUAUCUCACUUCUUUGAUGAAAAUGCCUGAACAGAGAAUUUCCUUCACUACUAAACUGUUGAUCGAAUUUUGUCAUAUAGGCCUAUUUUGAAGACAGUGAGCUAGAUCCAUGUGUUCAAUUAUGUAAUGCUGGCCAAGAACCUCAUGUAUAAAAUUGAAUCGAUCCCAAUGUGUUUCUCGCUGAA